AUGUAAGGAGCUCCAGUGAUUGUUGUGAAUGCUAACACAAAAAGAGAAUAAGGAAGAAAGGCCUAAUUGGGAAAUAUAUAAGCAGCCAAGGCUGUGUCGGAUAUAGUCCUUACGACUCUUGGUCCUCGUUCAAUGUUGAAAAUGUUACUUGAUCCAAUGGGUGGAAUAGUGAUGACAAAUGAUGGAAAUGCUAUCCUAAGAGAAAUCGAUGUUCAGCAUCCAGCAGCAAAGAGUAUGAUUGAAUUAGCAAGAGCUCAAGAUGAAGAGGUUGGAGAUGGCACAACAUCAGUCAUAAUUUUGGCAGGUGAAAUGAUGGUUGCUGCAAGACCAUUCAUUGAAAAGAAUAUCCAUCCAACUGAAAUAGUUAAUGGUUAUUUUAAGGCUCUGGAAGAUUCAGUUUCAAUUUUAGAUGAAAUUGCAUAAUAGAUUGACACUGACAAAAAGGAAGAAGUUAUGAAAGCCUUACAAUCUUGUAUUGGAACUAAAUUUGCAUUCAGAUGGGGAACAUUAAUCAGUGAUCUCUCCUUACAGGCUACAAGAAUAGUCUUAAGAGGUGGAAAUAUUAAUAAAUUGAAUUUGGAAAUCAAGAGGUAUGCAAAAGUAGAAAAGAUUCCUGGUGGCACUCUUGAAGAAAGUUGUGUACUUGAAGGAGUCAUGAUUAAUAAAGAUGUCACUCAUCCAAGAAUGAGAAGAGAAAUCAAAAAUCCAAGAAUCAUUUUAUUGGAUUGUACAUUAGAAUACAAAAAGGGAGAGUCUAUGACUAAUAUGGAAAUGACAAAAGAAUCAGAUAUGACUGAUGCACUUUAAUAAGAAAUUAAUGAAGUUGCAUUAAUGUGCAAUGAUAUUUUGAAACAUAAACCUGAUAUUGUUAUUACAGAAAAGGGAGUCUCUGAUUUGGCUUAACAUUUCCUAUUAAAAGGCAAUGUUUCUGUCAUUAGAAGAGUUAGAAAAACAGACAAUACUAGAAUAGCAAGAGUAUCUGGGGCAACAAUUGUCAAUAGACCAGAAGAAUUGUAAGAAACUGAUGUAGGUACAUUAUGUGGAACAUUUGAAGUCAAAAAGAUAGGAGAUGACUAUUUUGCAUUCUUUGUUGAUUGCUAAAAUCCCACAGCUUGUUCAAUCAUAUUGAGAGGAGCUUCAAAAGAUGUACUCAAUGAAAUGGAAAGAAAUUUACAUGAUUGUUUGGCUGUUGCUAAGAACAUUUAUUAGGAUCCAAAACUAUUACCAGGAGGAGGAGCUGUUGAAAUGGAAGUUAGUGCUAGAUUGUUGGAAAAAGCCAAUAAAGUUGAAGGAUUAGGUUAGUUACCAUAUAAAGCAGUUGCCUAUGCCUUAGAAAUCAUCCCAAGAACUCUUUCAGCUAAUUGCGGAGCUGACACUGUGAGAGUGUUGACUGAAUUGAGAGCAAAACACAGUGAAACUGGAGGACUUUAUUUUGGAGUAGAUGGAAACACUGGAAAGAUUGCCAAGAUGAAUGAGAUUAAUGUUUGGGAACCACUUUCAGUUAAAAAAUAAGUUUUUAAGACUGCCAUUGAAUCUGCAUGCAUGUUAUUGAGAAUUGAUGAUGUUGUCUCUGGAAUCAAAAAGAAAUAAUAGCAAUCAGGACGUUAAGGUGAGGAAGAACCCCAAGAAACAUUUGGAGAUCAAAGAGAUGGUUGAUAUUUGUUAAAUAUUAAUAAGGAUGUAUAAAUAUCUAACAUUUAGAAAUUCAAUAAUUA